GCAGAGGGUGGAUGUGAGGCGCAGUCUCAUCACAGUCACCGCCGCCGUCAGCAUCAUCUGAGGUGUGUCUGCGCCGCCGGAGCUGCAGACAGACAGAAAGGACCAACAGAAAAAGAUCCUGUUCCUCUCUUUACACCGACCAUGGCGUCAAAAUGUCCAAAAUGCGAGAAAACGGUGUAUUUCGCGGAGAAAGUGUCAUCUUUAGGGAAAGACUGGCACAAGUUCUGUCUAAAAUGUGAGCGCUGCAACAAAACUCUGAAUCCAGGAGGCCAUGCUGAGCAUGAUGGAAAGCCUUAUUGCCACAAGCCAUGCUACGCCACCCUCUUUGGACCAAAAGGUGUAAACAUCGGUGGAGCUGGAUCCUACGUGUACGACAAUCCUGUCAACGAAGCCCCUGCAGCCGUUUCCUUGGAAACAAACGCCAAACCAGAGGAGGAGAAAAAAGCCCCCGCACGGGGACCAGUGAAGGCUGCAAGCUUCUCAUCUUUCUCUGGAGGCCCCAACAUCUGCCCCAGAUGCAACAAGACAGUGUAUUUUGCUGAGAAGGUGUCAUCUCUCGGGAAGAACUGGCACCGGCCUUGUCUGCGCUGUGAGAGAUGCAAUAAGACUCUGGCACCGGGCAGCCAUGCAGAGCAUGAUGGGCAGCCUUACUGCCACAAACCAUGCUAUGCUGUACUGUUUGGACCAAAAGGCGUAAACACCGGAGGUGUCGGCAGCUACAUCUACGACGAUCCUGAAGCUGAAGCGCAGUCUUGAGCUCUGAAGCUGCUUCCAGCACGCAGACAGAGAAACGCCACCAGGACCCUCUGUGUCUCUAUGAUUUGCCUUCAGUGGUCAUUGUGACAAAUGAUAUGUACUACACUCACAGGGAUGGAAACUUAGAUGUUUAUGUUGUAUUUGUAUAUUGUUUAUAUAUCUAUUUUUUGUACCGAAACAGGCCUUUAAUAUGUCCUCCCAUGUGACUUUCAGAUUUGCCUUUGAGUUUCUUGGUUCUCUUUGCCAAAUAAUUAUUAGCCUGUUACUAUAGUGAAUGAAGGCUCCUGUAUUCUUUUCACUCUGGAUUAGUAGAUUUUUGACUUUUGUGCACUUAAAACAUGUACUGUAUGAAAACAAACAAACAAACAAAAAAAAAGUACCAGCCCUCCAGUUUAUAGUCAGUGUUUUUUGAACAAGUUUGUCUUGGUUCUAUAAAUACGAAUGAUAGCGUAGUGAAGAUACACAUUUUACAAAGGAGUGCAUUUUAAUGAAUGCCAUUAAGGUGAUUUUGAGGGUUGCUGCAAACAAGAAAUGAUCUGCUGUUCUUCACAUUUUAUACAGUAAAAGUGUGUGAUAGCAAACCUGA